AUGGCCAAUGCCGAUGAGAUUUUUGACCCGACUCUGGAUGACAUCGAGGCAGAGAUCGGCGAGCUGGGAGGUGCCAACGACGGCGACGCAUCUGUUGACGCCAACCACGCUGAGGCUACAAUGGUCGCGUCGCCCGUGCCUAGGUCGGCGGAGGCGACGGCAGAAGCCGAGGCCGAGCCCAGUGCAGCGGAAGCGGCCCUGCAGGACAACAAAGAGAACGAUAUGGUCCUGACCCCCCUGUCGGACCCAAACGCAGCCCCGGCCGCCCCCGCCAUCGCCACAGCCCCCGCCGCUGUCAAGCCCGCCAUCCCCAUGAAGCGCAAGGCCCUGACCGUCGCCAAGGCCGCCAACAACAACGCCGCCACCGGCAGCGGCAGCAACGCCUUGCAGCCGGCUCUCGCUACGGCCCCGGUUAUAGCCACGGCGGCUGCUGCUGCGCGGCCCGCCAAGCAGCAAGAAGCCUCCGACGCCAUCGCCGAGGCGGCCGCACCCGCACCUGCCACUGGCGCCCCUGCCGCAGGCGGCCCCGCCGCCGACGCCCCCGAGUCGAUGGUCAGAGACGAACCCACCUUGGCCGAGGAGGCGCCCACAGGCCAGGAGCAGGAGGAGGGGCAGGCUGCCGACCAUGGAGAGGAGCGUGGAGAACAGGAGGCUGCGCAGGGGCAGGAGGAGCCCAGCGAGGCGCCCAGCGAGUCCGCACCGGCCACCUCGGUGCCAGCGCCUGCGGCGCUGCCGCCCAAGAAGCGGGGCCUUGCAGCCCCCAAGGCCAAGAAGGAUGGCAGCGGCGACGGCGCUGCCCCCACCCAGCCCGCUCCCAAGCCGCGCGCCCCCAAGGCGGUGACUGCGCCCAAGGCCGCGGGCGCGCCCAAGGCGCCAGCUGGCCCCAAGGCGGCUCCCGCCCCCAAGCUGCCCAGGGCACGCAACGCCUUCAUGAUAUUUGCGGAGGAGUGGCGCCCCAAGAUGAAGGCGGAGGACCCGUCCCUGUCCACGACCCAGGUGGGCAGCCUCAUGGGCCAGAAGUGGCGCGGCAUGACAACCGAGGAGAAGGCACCCUACCAGGCCAAGGCUGAUGCCGAGAAGAAGGAGGUCGAGGCCAAGCUGGCCGAGAUGGGCGGCGACGCGGUUGCGGCCAUCAAGGAGGCGCAGAAGGAGGCGCGCGCGGCAAAGAAGGACAAGCAGCAGGGCAGCGCCACGACUGGCGGUGCCUCUGCCGGCGGCGCGGCUGCGGGCGCAGCACCGGCGGCGGGCGGCGGCGGGCGCAAGAGGAAGGCCAAGGUCGUGGAGGAUGAGGCGGGCGACAGCGAGGCGCAGCAGCAAGACGACGCCGCGGCAGAGGUCAGCGUUGCCCCUUCCACCUCCACCGCCCCCCUGCCCUCCGCACCCGCCCCUGCGAAGCGCCGCCGCGCGCCCGCCGGCGCCGGCCGGAAGCGCGGCCGCAAGGGCGCGGGCGCGGGCGCGGCCGGGCAGGCGUCGGCGCAGGUGGAUGCGGAUGGCAGUGGCGGCGACGACGACGACGACGACGAGUGCGCAUCCCCUGGCGGCGACGGCCGCACGCAGGGCAGCCGCAGGGGGCGCGGCGGCGGCGGCGGCGCAGAUGAGGAGAGCGACGACAGCGACCGCGAAGACGUGGAUUGGGAGGGCCAUGCGGCGGAGGGCAUCUUUGCUUUGGGGCCCAGGGACAAGGUUGGGGGCUGUGAUGAUGCCUCUUCCUCGCUGCCUGUUGGCCUGCCAGAGCUGGAGGAGUACGAGGCCUUUGAGGAGAGGUUCUGGCGUGAGAUCAGGGACCACACGCAAGGGGAAAACAUUGAGCUGGACGACCUGCCCGAGGGCUCCUCCCUUGAGAUGGUGUAUGUGCUGGGCAAGCUGAGGGAGGAGGGCGGCCCCCUGGACGUCAGGGCCACAGCGCGGCAGGCGGCCAAGGGUCCCAGGAAGGACUUCAAGAUCUCCGUGCCGGCGCUGCGACUGAGCAUGGUGGUGCAGCGCAUGAUGGAACUGGAGCGCCGCGCGGGCCAGGAGGAGCGUGCGCGGCUGGCGGCGCGCGUGGCGGAGCUGGAGGCCUGCACUGUGGCGGCCGGCAAGGGGUUGCCUGCUGCGACAAAGGGUGUGGCUGCAUAA